CAACCAACCACGGUGUUUUUUGAUCCAUGUUGGUUCAGUCCCUUGUCCUUACUCACAUGGCAGCAGAAACAAAAAUCCAAGAUCCCAGGCAUCGAAACCAGCCUAUCAGCUACCCUACCUAGAUUGACAGAUACCAGUGGUAAUCCGCAAAAGAAAAGUCAAAUAACUGACAUGACAGGCAGCUUGACGAUAUCUACAUGUAGUUCAGUAUAGG